CCUUUUCUUGGACCACUGCAGCUUCCUCGCCUCUUACAGAAGCUUUUCAGUUUUCUGCCCCAGCAUGAAGUACGACAACUACACACUGUACGGGAUUCACAGCAAAACAGAGAGAGGACUUCUGAUCGGCUACAAUUCCUUCAUAUUCACUUCGUCCGUGAUCGGGGACACUCUUAUUUUGAUCGGCUCGCUUAGAUAUAAUGCAAUCAAGCUCCACAAAGUAAUGGUUACCUUUAUCCAACACCUUGCUGUGGUAGAUUUGUUGCUGGUAGUCUUUACCAUCGUGCCUGUUGCAGUCUCCUUGGCUGCAAAUGGUUGGAUCCUUGGUGAUAUCCUCUGCAAUCUGAGCCAUUUUGCAAACGUGUACUUUUCAUCAGUAGGAUUCCUGCUCAUAAGUGUCCUAGCUGUGUCCAAGACGCUCAUCGUCAAGUUUCCUCUCAGAGCUAUAAGUGUUUCCAGUAAAACUGCUCAGUCGGCAGCUUGUGGUAUAUGGCUAUACAGCUUAGUAUUAAUCAUUGUAACCAUCUCAACAGGGAAUUUAGGUCAAGGUGGUGCUUACUUCAACUACCUCCACUACGAUUGCGGGAUUCCCGGAACUACGGUAUUCAAUACCGUAUAUAUAGUACCAGUGCUGAUUUCCACUGUAGUUACAAUGGCAAGUAGCGUGAUGCUGAUUGUGAUGGUUAGGAGGAUUGCUGAUAGAAGACCUGGAGGUUUACAGUGGCAGGGAGUCCUGACUGUGCUGCUGACGGUAGCUGUCCAUACCGCAGCUACCCUUCCUUUGGAGAUCUUUUACAUUGUCCCGUCUUUUGACGGAUAUAUUCCCCUUGGAAGGGCUGCAUGGCAAAUUGCUGCUCUGGAUUUAGUUGGAAACUUCUAUAUCUACAGUCUGACGCUCUAUAGUUUCAGAGAAUUCCUCAAGUCCAGAAUGAAGAUGAUAUCUGCACCUCUGGUGAGGUGUUGGGCUGGAACAGAGGGUGAGAGGUCUGCCGAAGAGGGGGAGCGAAGAAGACUUCUGUGAAGACACUUGAAUUGGUCUGUUUUGAGAUCAAGUGAAGUGGUUUACUUGAGAAAUGAGAAUCUAUGUACUGUACGUCGCGGCUAGGGGAUUGAUGAACA